AUGGGUAUCAAAAUUGCUAUUGAUCGUGGCGGUACGUUCACUGACUGUGUCGUCUCCACUGGUGAGGAGAAAAGAGUGCUGAAGCUGUUAUCUGUGGACCCACAGAACUACAAAGAUGCGCCGUUGGAAGGUAUCAGGCUCAUUAUGGAGCAGCUCUCCGGUAAGAAGAUUCCCCGUGGCGAGCCACUGGACACUUCUGGUAUUGAGAGUAUCCGUAUGGGUACCACAGUGGCUACGAACGCGCUGUUGGAGAGAAAAGGUGAGCGUUGUGCUCUUAUCACUACGAAGGGUUUCAAGGAUUGUUUGGUGAUAGGGGACCAGACGAGACCAAAGAUCUUUGACCUGAAGAUUGAGAAGCCAAGUCUGCUGUACGAAACUGUUGUUGAGGUUGAUGAAAGAGUCACUCUGGAGGACUUUUCGGAGGACCCGGAGCUGCACACUACUGAGGUCAACGGUGAAACGCUCGUUAAGGGUCAAAGUGGUGAGACUGUGAGAGUGUUGAAGACUCCAGACGAACAAGAGAUAGAAAGUGCCUUAAACAUCAUAUAUGCAUCUGGGAUCAGAUCUAUAGGUGUUGCCUUGUUACAUUCUUACACUUACCCUCAGCAUGAGCAACUCAUCGGUAAGAUUGCAAAGCGAGUUGGUUUCACUCAUAUCUCACUCUCGUCUGAGCUGAGUCCAAUGAUCAAGCUAAUCCCAAGAGCCAACUCUUCCAUCGCUGAUGCGUAUUUGACGCCAGAGAUCAAGAAGUACUUACAGGGCUUUACCUCUGGGUUGAAAUUCCCAGAUGAUGCCAAAAUUGAAUUCAUGAAAUCAGAUGGUGGUCUUGUUGAUGCAAAGAAGUUCUCUGGACUUUCUGCAAUCUUAUCUGGGCCUGCAGGUGGUGUUGUUGGUUACUCUGCUACUUGUUACGAUCCAAAGAAUGGUGUUGGUCUUAUCGGCUUCGAUAUGGGUGGUACAUCGACUGAUGUGUCUCGUUAUGGCGGUGCCUAUGAGCACGUCUUUGAAACAACAACCGCUGGUGUUACAAUUCAGAGCCCACAGCUGGAUAUCAAUACCGUUGCUGCGGGUGGUGGUUCAAGAUUGUUUUGGAAGAACGGUUUGUUUGUUGUUGGUCCUGAAUCGGCUUCAUCGCACCCAGGUCCAAGUUGUUACAGAAAAAACGGUCCAUUGACAGUGACCGAUGCCAACCUGGUUUUGGGAAGAUUGGUUCCAGAGUUCUUCCCAAAAAUCUUUGGUCCAAACGAAAAUGAAUCAUUGGAUGAAGUUGUGACAAGAAAAAACUUUGAAGCACUUACAAAACAGAUCAAUGAAGAACUAGGUUCUAAACUUACAAUUGAUGAAGUAGCUUAUGGUUUCAUCAAGGUUGCAAACGAAACAAUGGCUCGUCCUAUCAGACAACUAACUGAAGCUAAGGGACACGUUGUUUCUGAUCACAGAUUGGUGACAUUUGGUGGUGCUGGUGGCCAGCAUGCUGUUGCUGUCGCUGAGAGCUUGGGUAUUGACACCGUCAUUGCUCACAGAUUCUCUUCAGUCCUAUCCGCAUAUGGUAUUCUUCUUGCUGAUGUUGUUGAAGAAGCGCAGGAGCCAUCUUCGCUGGUUUUGAGUGCUGAGAACCAACACCUCAUUGAUGAAAGAUUCGACGCAUUGGUUCAGUCUUGUACAGAAAAGCUUAAAGAACAUGGCUUCAAAGAUGAGGAUUUGACAUUUGAGAAGUACUUGAACUUGAGAUUCAGAGGAAUGGAGGCUCCAUUGAUGAUUCCAGAAACUGAAAAAUCAUUUACAGAUGAGUUCUUGUCGUUGCAUAAGAGAGAGUUCGGCUUCAUCUUUACAGAUAAAGAUAUCAUCGUUGAUGACAUCAGAGUCCGUGCUAUAGGUAACUCGCAUCGCGAGGCUGCUAAAUCUAUCGAUGAUGAGCUCGCCUCUCUUGCUACUAUUGAUGUUGAUACAUCAAAGGCACAUCUCUCAAAAGAUGUCUACUUUGAAUCUGGUCGUGUUCAAACACCAAUCUACCGUUUAGAAGAUCUCGCUGUUGGUACAAAGAUCCAAGGUCCUGCUAUUCUUGCAGAUGGUACCCAGACAAACGUUAUUCCACCUCAUGCAGUUGCUACCAUCUUGUCUGAGCAUGUUUUUAUCAAGAUAAGCCAUGGAAAGGGUACAAAGGUCGAUGCCUCUGCUAUUGACCCUAUUCUCCUUUCUAUCUUCUCACAUCGUUUCAUGGAUAUUGCCGAACAAAUGGGUAACCAAUUACGUAAAACUUCUGUUUCCACCAAUGUGAAAGAAAGAUUGGAUUUCUCUUGUGCUUUGUUUGAUCCUGAAGGUCAACUUGUUGCAAAUGCCCCUCACGUUCCGGUUCAUUUGGGUUCAAUGUCUACAGCUAUUAAAGCACAGGCUAAACUUUGGGAGGGGAAGCUGCGUCCCGGUGAUGUUAUUGUCUCUAACCACCCAGAAGUUGGUGGUACUCAUUUGCCAGACAUUACUGUUAUCACACCUGCUUUCAAGGACGGGAAGAUUAUCUUUUACGUUGCAGCCCGUGCUCAUCAUGCUGAUAUCGGUGGUACCCUUCCUGGUUCGAUGCCACCUAACUCUAAGGAACUUUAUGAAGAAGGUGCUGCUAUCUACUCAGAGCUUCUUGUCAGUGAAGGUAAGUUCAACGAAGAAAGAAUUAUUGAUAUCCUGUUAAGGGAACCUGCAACACAUCCUGGUUGUUCUGGUACAAGACGUUUGAGUGACAACUUGAGUGAUCUUAGAUCUCAAGUCAGUGCUAACCAAAAGGGUAUUUCUCUGAUUGAAAAGCUUGUGAACGAGUUUACACUUGACGUUAUAUGGAAAUACAUGGAGGCUAUUCAAGACAACGCUGCAGCUGUGGUGCAAAAGAGACUUAUGGAGCUGAAAGAAAAGUAUGGUUCUAGUUUUGGUUGCGAAGACUAUAUGGAUGAUGGUUCUACUAUCAAGUUGAAUGUUACUCUAGGUCCUGAAGGCAACAUUUUUGACUUCACUGGAACAUCACCCCAGAUGUACGGUAACUUGAACGCACCAGAGGCUAUCACUAACUCUGCACUCUUGUAUUGUUUGAGAUGCCUUGUUAACGAGAACAUUCCCCUAAAUCAAGGCUGUCUACGUCCUGUGAAGGUUAUAAUUCCAAAGGGUUCUAUUCUAUCUCCGUUAAAAGGUGCUGCAGUUGUUGGUGGUAAUGUCAUGACCUCACAACGUGUCACUGAUGUUAUUCUCAAGGCCUUUAGAAUCCAGGCCGAUUCUCAGGGUGAUUGUAACAACUUGACCUUCGGAACUGGUGGAAAUGAUGAGGAUGGGAACUAUGUUCAAGGAUUUGGCUACUAUGAAACCAUUGGUGGUGGUCACGGUGCUGGUGAUGGCUGGAAUGGUACCUCUGGUGUCCAUACUAACAUGACUAACACCAGAAUGACCGAUGUGGAAGUGUUUGAGAGACGUUAUCCUGUUUUGUUAAGAGAGUAUUCCAUCAGAAAAGGCUCUGGAGGUGCUGGUAAGUACAAAGGUGGUGAUGGUGUUGUCAGGGACAUUGAGUUCAGAACCCCUGUCAAAUGUUCUAUUUUGAGUGAAAGAAGAGUCAUUGCACCUCACGGACUGAAUGGCGGAAAAGAUGCUGCCAGGGGUGAAAACUUAUGGAUCAAAAGAGAUGGACACGUCAUUAACAUCGGAGGGAAGAACACUGUUCAAAUGGACGUUGGAGAUAGAAUAAUCAUCAGGACACCAGGUGGUGGUGGUUACAGUGAAGAAACUUGA